GGGGCAAUCAGGGACUGGAUGAAGGAGGAAGAAGAUGCAUUUGACUCGUUUAAAGUAAACACUUCUAAGGAUUCCGGUGUGGAUGCGCGCGCGUUCACGCAUGCAUGAUGCAUCCAGCAAACAGCAGCUGCAUCACCGAGACGCGCGAACUCGAGCCCGAACCUGAGGCAGCGGAGCGCGCUUCCGGUAAGCGCGAGCCUCCGGAACACGCAUGCCAGGUCGGGCACGCGGAGCAGGAGCAGGGGGAGGAGGAGGAGCAGGUGCGCGUGGAUGGCCCCGCGAGCCCGGCGGAGUUCGCGCCCCCGGAAGGUGGUUACGGCUGGCUCGUGGCGUUCGCCGCUACCUGGUGCAACGGCUCGAUCUUCGGCAUCCAGAACUCGUUCGGGAUUCUGCACGUGAUGCUCGCGCAGGAGCACGAGGACCCCGAAGACAAGGCGUCCCAGUUUAAAGUCGCAUGGGUCGGCGCCUUGGCAAUGGGAAUGAUCUUCUUUUGCUCCCCCGUGGUCAGCAUGUUCACCGAUCACUUCGGCUGCAGAAGGACGGCGGUGGGCGGAGCCUUUGUCGCAUUCCUCGGACUCCUCACCAGCUCAUUUGCUACGACACUAGGUCUUCGUUACUUCACAUACGGCAUCCUGUUCGGCUGCGGCUCGUCCUUCGCCUUCCAGCCGUCUCUCGUCAUUUUAGGGCACUAUUUCCGUCGGCGUCUAGGGCUGGCGAACGGUGUAGUGACGGCGGCGAGCAGCCUCUUCACCAUAGCGCUGCCCGUGCUCCUCAAGAAGGUUGUAGGUCCUCUGGGCCUCUCCAGAACCUUCCAAAUCCUCAGCCUCUUCAUGCUGGUCCAGUCGUUCCUGGCGUUCUCCUUCCGUCCACUCAUUCCCUCCGCGCGUUCAGGGACGGGCUCCGCGGGGCCCGCCGGAGAUCCGGGCUCUACAGCAGGAAUUAGGUGGAGGAGGGGUGUGAUGCAAGUAAAGAAGUAUUUCAAUGCGCGUGUAUUCAGGGUUGCCACGUACCGAGUGUGGGCUUUCGGAGUCGCCACAGCUGUUCUGGGAUACAUGGUGCCCUACAUUCACCUGAUAAACUUUGCGAAGGAGCAGUUUGACGAGACGCAGAAGGAGUGGGUGCUGUUGGUGUGUAUCGGGGCGUCCUCCGGAGCGGGACGUCUUUUUUUUGGCAAAGUGGGAGACCUCAUUCCUGGAGUCCAGAAAGUAUACUUGCAGGCGGCCUCGUUCAUGACUCUGGGCCUGAUGUCGAUCCUGAUCCCGAAGUGCAGUGUGCUUGAGGGCCUGAUGGUGGUGUGUGUGUUAAUGGGGCUGUGUGAUGGCUGCUUCAUCACCAUAAUGGCCCCUAUUGCUUUUGAGUUGGUAGGGCCCAUGCAAGCCUCGCAAGCCAUUGGUUACCUGCUGGGACUCAUGGCCGUUCCAAUGACAGCAGGUCCACCCAUUGCAGGCCUUCUUCACGAUUACUUCGGGAAUUACCAUGUGGCGUUUUACUUGGCCGGCGUUCCCCCCCUGGUCGGGGGCUUGGUCCUGUUCUUUGUGCCGUUGGUGUUCAGUCGUGUUCACAGAAAACACAGCGACACUUGUGACCCGAGCACACACAGCAUGCUGAAGAACUGCACUAACGGAGACAUGCUGCCCGGAUACACCGAUAAGGAGAUGCAGCAAGAGCCGCACUAAGGCCAGAGAGAGAAGGCGGAUAUGCUCGGCAAAGGGAAUCAUUUAACCAGAAGUCAAUCAUCUGUGUGCUGUUGUGUGUAUAUGUGUGUGUGUGUGUGUGUGUGUGUGUGCAAGUAUGAUCUCUGUCUUUGGAUCAAACCAGCCCCAGACUCCUCACCUCAGUGCUUUCAUGUAAGCAGAAAAGACCUGCGAGUUGAUAUUUUAUUCUUAUUUAUGCCCCCAUGCCUCGGCUCGCUGUGGGAUUUUGACAGUCUCGAACCCCGUCCCCGAUGGCUUCUCCAAAGGAAAUCUGAACAAUGUGUUCCUGCGCAGCCGAAGCCAAAAAGAACACAGAUUCACACAUAGGAACCGCGAGUACUGGUACUGGUUCAGUAGGAAAUACUGCCACCUUUGAACCGAACUAAAAAAAGAAAGAAAAAACCCUUUACGUUUUAUAUAUGUCUUUUUAUCCAAUGUUUUCUUCUCUCUAAAAAAACAGUGAUUUUUGUUCAAACGUAUUUUUUUAAGAAAAAUUGUUCUUUUCUCAACUGGCUUUCAUCCAGAUCUCUUGGAGCUUAAAGCCGUUCGUGUAAUCAGUGUUAUAAUUAAUGCACAGCUAUAGUGCAUGGUAGGUAUUCCUCAGUCACAAGAAUAUUACUAAUGAAUCAAGCCUUACAAAAUCAUUUUAAACUUUUGUUUUUGAGACUUUUUUGUUGUUGUUAUAGAAAUGCUAGCUAGAUUUGAGUGUAUGUGUGUGUAUUAGGACAUUUUUAAAAAAAAAUACCUACAUGCAAUUAUUAUUUUUAUUAAUAUUUUUUAAAUAUAAGCAGAUUUUUGUUGGAUGUGAGGCUCAUAGGAUCACUCAUGGAUUUUCAUUAUUGUUUAAUAGAAAGUUUAAAUAGGUUUAUACAUAUAUAGGAGUUCAAAAUACUUUUUAUGUUGAUUUUGAUUAAUUUAGCAUUUUUUUACAAAUAUUUUUAUAUUUUUAACAAAAGAUUCACUAGAACUAAAGAGAAUGCAGAUAGGUAGUAAAAUUUGACAACAUUUUCUGACUGCACUGUCUACAUCAUUUGGAAUUCCAAAUUUUCCACUGCCAGAACUAAAUUUGCAAUCGCACCUGAAACUUUGCGUCAAUCAUCGCGCCAUCUGGCUUUAUUGGAGCAAUCCAAGAGAUGCAGUGAAACUAGACCGAACUUGAUGUUUUUACACUUUCAAAGGUUCCCUACUUUUGGUUUUUGGGUGCUUUGAAGUGUUUAAACACCUAGUCACUGUAAAACAACUAAAGUCCUGAUGCUCCACUUGCGUAGUGUGAAUUCAGAAUAAAACUGAAUCUCAAAUCCGAAUCAUGCGCCGCCAUAUGAAGGGAAUUUUCUCCUUUUUACUUGGUAUAUGAACACAGGGUUAGAAAGGUGUGAACUGUAUGAUUUUCUGCAGACCUCACUGGAUUUAUUCUAUGCAGCAACAACCCUCAAAUCAGUGCCAAUAUAUGUUUUGCUAUUUUUGAGCUUGUUAGUCAGCACUCAGUUCCAGGACGCUAUGCUAACAGCCUGCUAACUUGCAUUCCUCAAGACUGUCCACGUUCAUGGAUUAGGUAACACUCAUAGGGAAAUCAUUAUGUUUUCGUGAAGUAUGAUUUUCUUGCUUGUAAAAUAAAUGCAGAAGGAAUGUAGCAUAUGAAAAGGAAUAUGAGUGAAGCGUAUUCAAGUGAAUAAAUAUAGAUAAAGUAGGUUGUUGAGCUUUUUCUGGGUGGUCGGAGGGGUCUUAAAAUAGAAGAACAAUGAGUUUAGCAAAGACAAUUCAAGUGUUUGUAUGUGAGUGUGUGUGUGUGUGACAGAGAGAUGUCUGAUGAACUCUGAAAUUCUGUACUUUUUGCAAACAGUUUAUAUUAUAAUUCAUAUAUUUUGACUAUGAUUUUUGGUGCCUUUAUAUAUUUAGAUUUUGGUGUCAUUUCACUCAGUCACACUAUGAUUGCUUCAUUUCACUGGCUGAUUAGCCAAUCUAUCCUCCUAAUGCUCUCCAGGUUAGACCUUUUUGCUAUGAAGGAGUUUCCUCCUGCAGAAUAAGGGGCAUUUUCAUUGGCCAGUGCGAACAAGGGCGGUUAAUAUUAUUGGUUGCUUUGCCUCAGAUCCUUGACCUGAUUGGUUGCUAUGUUGUCACUAUGGAAAGAAGUCAGGCUUUAGUGUAGAAUUGUCUGUAGAAUACAAAACAAACUUGAAGCUUUAUCUUCAGAAUUAUCUAGAAAUGUGCUGUUGCUCACUCACAAGUGGAAAUACAGUGCAUCUAG